ACACUGAUCAUAAUCCCAUAAUCCUCUGCUCUUCCUCCGCUAAUCAAACACUCGGAUCUGUGAAGGAUCACACCUGCUUCCACUAUCUCCUCCUCCUACUGUUCCUCCUCCACUGAAAGAAAGAAAACGGUCACCUUCACAUGAACCUCAACAUUUCUGCACCCUGUAUGUCUUCUCCUAUGCCAUGCAGCUGUCUUCCAAAAUGGGUGACAAUGCUUUUUGAAGCCUCAGUGAUGAUGGAUAAAACCAUAUUUGGAAAGAAGAUUUAACAUGAAAAACGACAGUUGCGUUUUUUAAAUUACACCAAACACAAAGUGUCAUGAAAGAUAAACAUAAACCACAAAAUAAAUGCAUCUGAUGUUCUUCAUGUUUUUGCCUACAUGACACGUCCUUUACACACGUCUUAAUUUUUCAUAAAAAUAUUAGUGAAAAUAUGAAUCACCCACACCUACUUACACUGGUGAAAUGCUGUGUCCUGUCUUCUCUGUACGUCAACCAACAUACCUCCUGACAUCAUCACAUGGCGGCUGGAGAAGAAGGCUAAAAGGGAUUCAUCCACUUUUGGAAGCGGCGCCAAACGUACAUAACGGCUGUUAGUUCUUAUGUGUUAAAGUUACCUUCUACUACCUAACUUCCCGUAACAUUGUUACCCAGCCGGGUGGAGCGGAGGUUUUGGGUUCAGUGGCGUGUUGUACAAUAUUUUUGGUGACGUAAAUAGUUUGGCUUUAACCCUGUCCUCUCAUCACCCAAUAAGAAGGUUGAGAGUUGGAAUCUCACAUGGGCUGAGAGUGGAAGGAUUUUCUCCGUGUGCUCUGCAACCGCCGCACACGUUUGCUUGAAAUUUAGUCGUGUGUUCAUAUCUUUUGUAGCUAUUGUCGUCCCGACAAGUGGGUUUGGGGUAAAUAUGGGAUCCUCCAUCUCCUGAGUGCAUCCCUGCUUUUAUUUUACUCCCAACACAUCCUUUCCUUCACUGUUUUUUUUUCAUUUUCUCAUUUUGCCUCUCAUGUUUUCUGCCCUUUGCCUGUUAUUUGGCUGCACAGCGCUCACAUUCCAUCUCUCUCCUCUAAGUUGGCUGUCAUUUUUUCCAUUAGAGCCGUCAGGGCACACAAUAGCUAAUAAACUGGUCAUGGAAUCACACCUGAGCUCUCUUGUUUUUUCCCCUUAAAUUCACAUUCUCCUGCUGUUUUGUUGUUUUUAGGAAGAAUCGCUCUGCUUUUGCUUUUGAAAGCACAGCCGUGGCUUUGUUGUCUAAUGUUUUCUUUGGCAUGUAUUUUUACUGUUCACUUCAUUAAGCAUGGUUUGGAUUUGAAGACUGCUACAUGGUUUUAUACACUUCUGCAGAUCGCUUUCAAAGGGACAGUGACUCGACAUCAUCCGUAUGAUUCUUCUGGGUAGCUUUGCUUCUUAUUUUGAUUCCCACCAAGGCGUCUUGCUCUUCAAUUACAUGCAUCACAGGACUGCAGGGAGUAGAAGAUGAAAGAUUCCACACGCAGCUUUACAUUGCAAGAAAGGGACUUUUGGAUGUUGGGAGGAGCUCACUUGAACCCUCAUCUUCCCUGAGCGACAGAUCCAACGUGUGACUUGUCAACAUGUCCUUGAAGCAGCCUCAUGUCUGCACUACAGGUGGAUAUUGUUCCGAGGUUGACAUGGCCACAGUCUGGACAAACUGGACGGCAAAUUCAAUGUCUGAGGCCGACUCCCUCUGGACACUCAGUGAGCAUCACUUUCACUCCGGAUUUGGAUCAACGACCUUAAAAAAUAAGAUGAACUGCUGCUCCGCGGUCACCUGAAGUGAUGGAAGAGGCUGGUCUUGCCCAGAGUCGGCAGGAGCGUCAUGGCUAAGCGAAAAGAAGGUGCAGAGACGGACGCUCAUGCAAAGAAGCUGAAACAAGUGAAGAAGAGUGGCAGAGGAAAGAAGAGCAAAGAUGACGAUAACAACAGAGAGAAAGAGGAGACGCUGAAAAGGAUGGUGGCUCGGAAGCAAUGUGCGUCCUCGAACAGAGGAGCCAGGGUCCGGGCUUCUGCCACCGAUGUCAAAGCCAGCAAAUACUUCCACUCGCCAACAAAGAACACGACUUUGGACAGUGCCGACGAUUUUGACAUGACCUCAGAACCUGUUACAGUGGCAGACAAGGAGCCGAAGAAUGAAGAUGUGGAGGAUGACAGUGAUGAAGAUGACUGGGAGGAAGUUGAAGAGUUGGCAGGACCGCUUGCUCCAGUCGAACCUCCAGAUGUAGCCCUGCCGUCUCAACCUGUGGAAAUAGAGAUUGAGACGCCAGAGGUCAGGAAAAGACGGAAGCGACAGGCGGAGUUUGAGACAUACAUGAAGCGAAUGAUUAACCGUUUCCAAAAGGAUCUGCUGGUGGAGACACACAAGGUCCAUCUCAUGUGCCUGAUCGCCAACGGAAUGUUCCGUAACAAAGUGUGCAAUGAGCCCGACUUGUUGGCCAUCACUCUGUCGCUGCUGCCCACCCGCUACAGCUCGGUUGCUAAGGAACGUAUUGACCAAAACUUCCUCUCUGGUCUGGUCAAAUGGUUCAGGACAACAUUCACAUUGAACCCUGAUCUUUCCUGCGAGGAUGGUCAUGAUCCUCGAGCUCUGCUGGAGAGGAGACUGGCCAGCCUUUCAGCGAGAAACCACAGUGAGAUGACUCAUUUGUUCCUGCUGGUCCUGAGGUCUCUGCAGCUUUUCUGCCGCUUGGUUUUGUCUUUACAGCCUGUUCCUUUCAAACCACCAUCAGCCAAGGGGAAAGCAGCUAAAACCUUUGCCAACGCCUCUGAAAAGACUUCAAAAAGCCAGGAGGGAUCUAAGAACGCCUCCAAAGAGCCGAUGGUUUCUCCCGGCUCUAAGAGGCAGUCAGGGGGAGCAAAGUCUUCUGGAGGAAGAGGAGGAAAGAGAGUGAAGAAGCAGGACGUGAGUGAUGAGGAAGAGGAGACGGUCGUGACGUCUGCAGGCCAGAAGCCCAAGAAUUCCAAGCGCCGCAGCGUGGCCUCAAAGGUCACCUACAAAGAAGAGAGUGACAGUGACAAAGAUGAAAGCGAUGAUGAAGAGUUCCAGGUAGCCAGCGAGGAAGAGAGCGAUGACUCUGAGAAAGAGGCCAAGCCUUCAAAAAAGCCUAAAGGGAAAAGUGACUCCUCCAAGAGUACUGCCGUACAGAAGAGGAAGAGUGAUGGAAUGACAAAACAAGUAAAAGAGGAGAAGGAUGAAGGUGCUAUGGAUAACGUGACAAGACGACGCAGUGGGAAGAAGAAGGAAGGGCCGGGUGACGACCAGUGGUUGGAGGUGUUUCUGGAGAAAACCUCCUCGUGGGUUUGUGUGGAUGUCGAGCAGGGAGUCGGGUCUCCGCACCUGUGCGCGCAGAACGCCACCUUCCCAGUGACGUACGUGGUGUCGGUGGACGGAGACGGGUUUUUGAAGGACCUGGGGAGGAAGUACGACCCCACCUGGAUGACAUCAUCCAGGAAGAGACGCGUGGACGAAGAGUGGUGGGAAGAGACGCUGGAGCCGUUCCUGAGGACGGAUGAUGAGAGGGACAGGAAGGAGGACAAAGAGCUGCAGAACAGGCUGCUGAACAAGCCGUUGCCCAUCUCAGUGGGCGAGUACAAGAAUCACCCGCUCUACGCCUUAAAGAGACACCUGCUGAAGUAUGAAGCCAUCUAUCCCUCCACUGCAACUGUUCUGGGCUACUGCAGAGGAGAAGCCGUCUACUCCAGGGAUUGUGUGCAUACUCUGCAUUCCAGAGAUACUUGGUUGAAAGAAGCUCGAACUGUGAGACUCGGUGAAGAACCCUACAAGAUGGUGAGGGGCUUCUCCAACCGCUCGCGUAAGGCCAGGAUGGUUUCAGAGACCAAAGAUGAGAAGGAUCUGGCUCUGUUUGGGGAGUGGCAGACGGAGGAGUAUCAGCCUCCGUUGGCGGUGGAUGGAAAGGUUCCUCGUAACGACUACGGAAACGUUUACCUCUUUAAAGAGUGCAUGUUGCCGGUGGGCUGUGUCCAUCUGAGACUGACAAAUCUGAAUCGGAUCGCCAGGAAGUUGAACCUAGACGCCGCACCUGCAGUCACAGGCUUCGACUUCCACGGAGGCUACUCGCAUGCCGUAACUGACGGCUACAUCGUGUGUGAGGAGCAUGAGGAGAUUCUCCGAGCUGCCUGGGUGGAAGAGCAAGAGCUUCAAAAACAGAGGGAGAAAGAGAAAAGAGAGAAGCGUGUGAUCUCCAACUGGACCCUGCUGGUGAAGGGGCUCCUGAUCAAAGAGCGGCUGAAGCAGCGAUAUGGUAAAAAGAAGCCAGACUCUGGGAUCCUGGCUCACAGCAAAGAGGACGGAGGGUUUUCCUCAGACGAGGAGGCGACGGAGGACAUGAGUGCUGGAGCUAAAAGCGCAACUGAGACUCUGGCCAUGUCCUGGCCUCGAAACAGACAAGCUGAGGAGGACUGCGCUAUCAAGAAAAACACACGAGGGAGGAAAGGCCAGGACAAGCAUCUGUUUCCAUUUGAGAAAGUGUGACCUUGUCGAUCAUCAUGUCAGGGACAAUUGCGUGGAAGGGUCUUCUGCAUGAAUCACUGUGGGAUUAAAUCAAUCAUGAGAGAAGAAGGAGUUGUAUACUGGAGGAAGAUUAGAUUAUCAAUCUCACCUCUAGAUGUGAAGCAACGCGCAUAAAAAGAUUGACCUCAUUCACUUAAAUGAGCAGCACUGGUUUCCGGUGGUGAAAGGAUGAACACUUGGAUACAUUAAACAAGCCUUUUUAUAUGUCGAUGGUGUCUAUGGGUUUCUAAUAAAUCAAUUUCUGUCUUUGCA